AUGCUCACAACAGGGGAGAUCACUGUGGAUCAGGCUUCGAACACUGUGCUUUCAUUUAUCGACAGCGGUUCUCCCUCGGAGUCGUAUGAAACAAUAAUCCUGGUCCAUGGGAACUCGUUCAGUAAUGCCGUGUUCAAACGUCUAGUAUCUCGCAGUAAAGAAUACAACAUCCGCAUCAUGGCUCUCAAUCGUCGAGGAUAUGCUGGUUCGACACCCUACAAUCCGUAUGAAAAGUCCGUAAUUACAAAUGAACAAGUACAUUCAGAUGAAGACAAACGCCAAUUCUUUGAACAAAGAGGGAUAGAGAUACUACAUUUUAUUGAUCAAGUUAUACAACGGUUUGACCUUCCGCCAAUUAGCAAUUUUGAAGGCCGUCGAGUAGGUGGCACCGCGCUUCUUGGGUGGUCAUUAGGGAUCGCAUUCACGCUCGCUGCUAUCGCAAACGUCGAUUCGGAUUCAAUUUCAGAUGAGACACGGAAGAGGCUAAAUGCACACCUGCGUGCACAUAUUCUCUUAGAACCAGCAGUCAUCACCAUCGGCCUCAAUCUACCUAAAGAUUUCUGGGCCCCAACUCACGAUCCUUUAAUUCCAGCUUCAGCUCGUGCUUCUCUUUUUAUCCACCUUAUUACUUGCUACUACGACUAUGACAAAGAAACCAUCUCCGCGCGCGAUCAGGCUGGUAUUCUAUCUACAGUCGCUCCGUCUCCAUCACGCAUACCGUCCAUGUACACGUUAACUGAUGAAGAACGAACGGAAAUCGUCACUCCUCUGCCUCAAGACAUGCAUUUCUCGCAUGUAUUACAAGAACCGCUCAGGGAGUGGUAUCUCAAAGCCUGUUUCGAUGAGAAGCUCAGGUCAAGUCUGGCAUUGAAGAAUAUGACAGUAUGGCAUGUGUCUGGAGACAGGUCCUAUCCGUUCAUUUGGCCGGCGUAUUGGUUAGUACAAGAAGACGAUCGAAAGGCUGGACAGGGAGAAAGUGGAAGAUUUGUGCGAUUCAAGCUUAUGGAAGGCUGUAAUCAUUUUAUGCAUUGGGAUGAGCCGGAUAAGACGAUGUCAACCUUCAAGGAUAUUUUUAACUCAAGUUAUACGUAG